CCGACAUAAAUCUGGCUGAUCCGGAUUUCCAUUUGAGUCGCCCUGUUGACAUGCUUCUUGGUGUAUCCGUAAUGUUCGAUAUACUGCGAAAUGGAAACAUAAAAAUAGGCGAACAAUUACCGUUGAUCCAAAAUACGGUUUUAGGGUGGAUUGUUGGAGGUAACGUAGCAAGAUUAAACUAUGGAGGAAAUUUGAAUCGAUUCAUGAAUGAAAACACUGUCAAUCUCUCAGUUAGAGAAUGGACAGAUGAGGAAAUCACGUGCGAGCAACUAUUUGUGGAUAGUACCAGACGAAACAACGAGGGUAGAUUCGUGCUGAAGCUGCCCACAAAGCAAUGUGUAAAACAACUUGGAGAAUCUAAGUCCACAGCGCUGGACAGGAUGCUGAAGUUAGAAAAGCGUUUUGAAAAAGAUAGUAAGCUUCGUGGUGAUUACUGCUUAUUCAUGGAAGAAUAUUUGGCAUCAGGUCAUAUGGAGAAAGUGGAAGAAGGCACACUGAGAACUGAUGACCCGGUAUUUUACUUCCCACAUCAUCCCGUACUUAAGCCGGACAGUUGCACAACCAAGUUAAGAACGGUAUUCAACGGAUCCGCUAGUACGUCAACGGGAAUUUCGUUGAAUGAUGUUCUGAUGAGUGGACCCACAAUACAACCAGAGCUUUUCAACAUUCUUCUGAGGUUCCGGUGUCACCGAUACGCAAUGACAGCCGACAUUAAGCAAAUGUUCAGACAAAUUUUGAUUCAUGAUGAAGAUCGCCAGUUGCAGUUGAUUCUUUGGCGGUUUUCGCCAGAAGAGUCUAUUGCUACUUAUCGGCUCAACACCGUCACAUAUGGAACAUGCUCGGCUCCAUUUGCAGCAACACGCUGCCUAAGACAGCUUGCUAUAGAAUACGAGAACCGAUAUCCACACACAUGUCAGGUUAUUAUAAUGGAUUUUUACAUGGAUGAUGUGCUUACCGGCGACGAUGAACCUGAAAAACUGAUAGAAACAAAGGAGGAGUUGGGGGAAAUUCUGCAAAGUGCGGGCUUCGAAUUACAUAAAUGGAAGUCCAACGAACCGUCCAUUGUUGGCGAAGCCGUAGAUAGUAGCUCGACUAAGAUUCUAGGAAUGCAGUGGGAUACCAGAUCUGAUCUGUUCGGGUUUAGCGUGGAUGUGAACGUGAAUGCAAAAAUCACAAAGCGUAGCAUUUUAUCGGAAGUGCAAAAAAUUUUCGAUCCUCUCGGAGUUAUCAGUCCUAUCAUUUUGCAUGGAAAGUUAAUAAUGCAGGUAAGAAAUAAACCAACUUGUCCAAAUGGUUUGUAUUACCAUUCAAACUUCAUUAAAUUAUUCUAUUCAUACAGGACAUAUGGUCAACGAAACUGGAUUGGGACCAAAAGCUUCCCGUGCGAAUUGAAAAAGAUUGGAUUUGGUUCUGUAAGCAAAUCGAUGGAAUUCAAAAAAUAUGUUUCCCUAGACAUGUGCCUAUCAAGGGUACAUUGGUGGAGCUACAUGGAUUUCAGAUGCCGCUAA